CAGCGGGUUUGUCUAAUGCGCAUGCGCAGCAGCCCGAACUGCCGGUAAAAUCGUCGUAGUGUGGUCCUGUGCGGACUCAUUCAGAUUUACACACAGCAGUAUUUACAGAGAAAUCCCUUCAACAUGCAGAGGAUAUUCACCAGAGAGGUGGUGACCUCUCUGCGGUCAGUUCGAUCUGUCCGCUAUUUCUCGGUCUCAUUGUCUUCAUGGCAGAAGGUAGCCAUGAGUAGGUUUGAGCAAGACAGGUACAUUCCAUAUGAGAAGCUCGACAGUAACCUUAAGAUUGUCAGGAACAGACUAAACCGGCCGUUAUCCCUAGCUGAGAAAAUUGUCUACUCACAUCUGGAUGACCCCCAUAACCAAGAAAUCAAGCGAGGGGAGUCCUACUUGAAGCUCCGCCCAGACCGUGUAGCUAUGCAGGACGCUACUGCUCAGAUGGCUAUGCUGCAGUUUAUUUCUAGUGGAUUGCCUAAGGUCGCUGUCCCUUCCACUAUCCACUGCGACCAUCUGAUUGAAGCCAAAGACGGUGGCAGUCAGGAUCUCGCCAAAGCCAAGGACAUCAAUAAAGAAGUCUACAACUUCCUGGCCACGGCCUCUGCUAAGUAUGGAGUUGGUUUCUGGAAACCUGGAAGUGGUAUUAUUCACCAGAUUGUCCUUGAGAACUAUGCAUUCCCUGGUGUGAUGUUGAUCGGCACAGACAGCCACACCCCGAACGGAGGUGGGCUGGGCGGAGUCUGUGUUGGGGUGGGCGGGGCUGAUGCUGUUGACGUCAUGGCCAAUAUGCCAUGGGAACUGAAGUGCCCUAAGGUGAUUGGGGUCAAGCUGACUGGUGAACUGAAAGGCUGGACUUCUCCUAAGGAUGUGAUCCUGAAGGUUGCUGGAAUCCUAACUGUCAAGGGUGGUACUGGUGCCAUUGUAGAAUACUUUGGCCCUGGAGUCGACUCCAUUUCAUGUACAGGAAUGGGCACUAUUUGUAACAUGGGUGCUGAGAUUGGUGCCACCACCUCCAUCUUCCCCUACAACCACCGCAUGGAGGCAUACCUACGUGCAACAGAGCGCAGCAAAGUCGCUGAGCUGGCCAACCAGUACAAACAUCUUCUGAGUUCUGAUGAAGGGGCAGAUUAUGACCAAGUUAUUGAGAUUAACCUGAAUGAGCUGGAGCCGCAUGUGAAUGGACCCUUUACUCCAGAUCUGGCUCAUCCUAUCUCCAAACUGGGACAGACAGCCAAGCAACAGGGCUGGCCUUUAGAUGUCAAAGUUGGUUUAAUAGGGAGCUGCACAAAUAGCAGCUAUGAGGACAUGACGAGGGCUGCAAGUAUCGCCGAGCAGGCUAUGAAACAUGGAGUCAAAUCAAGGUCCAUCUUUACUGUCACUCCUGGUUCUGAGCAGAUCAGGGCUACCAUUGAGAGAGAUGGAAUAGCUGCCACCCUGAGGGAGUUUGGCGGCACUGUUUUGGCCAAUGCAUGUGGACCGUGUAUCGGACAGUGGAACAGACAGGACAUCAAGAAGGGCGAGAAGAACACCAUCGUCACCUCAUAUAACAGGAAUUUUACUGGUCGUAAUGAUGCCAAUCCUGAGACGCAUGCUUUUGUAGCUUCUCCUGAGAUUGUGACAGCACUAUCAAUUGCUGGUAACCUGGCCUUCAACCCUGAGACAGAUACCCUGACUGGAAAAGAUGGGAAACCAUUCAAGUUGGACAGUCCAUAUGGAGAUGAGCUCCCUUCCCAGGGAUUCGAUCCUGGAGAGGACACCUACCAGGCUCCGCCCUCUGAAUCAUCUGGUGUCAGUGUCGAUGUAGACCCCAACAGCCAACGUCUUCAGCUUCUUUCUCCCUUUGACGUUUGGGAUGGCAAGGACUUGGAUGACAUGACCGUCCUCAUCAAGGUUAAGGGCAAGUGCACCACAGAUCACAUCAGUGCUGCUGGGCCGUGGCUGAAGUACAGAGGUCACUUGGACAACAUCUCAAACAACAUGUUCAUUGGUGCGAUCAACAUCGAGAACGACACACCAAACAAAGUGAAGAAUCAGCUUACAGGAGAAUACGGAGGGGUGCCAGACACUGCAAGAGACUACAAGUCUAAAGGUGUCAAGUGGUGUGUGAUCGGCGAUGAGAACUAUGGCGAGGGUAGCAGCCGGGAGCAUGCUGCCUUGGAGCCUCGACACCUGGGAGGACGGGCUAUAAUCGUCAAGAGCUUCGCACGUAUUCACGAAACCAAUUUGAAGAAACAAGGUAUGCUGCCCUUGACUUUCGCCAACCCCGCAGACUACGACAGUAUCCAGCCAGAGGACAAGGUGUCUCUAAAAGGACUCAAGGACAUCGCACCUGGCAAGCCGGUCGAGUGUGUGAUCACACGCAAAGAUGGAUCAAGCUCUACUAUCACACUUAACCACACCAUGAACGAUGCACAAAUAGGCUGGUUCAAAGCCGGUUCUGCACUCAACAAGAUGGCAGGCAAAUAGACAAGACUCUUGGCUUAGCGCAUUCCUACAAAAAUAUUAUGAUGGAACAAGGAUUUUAAACUACUAUGCAUUUUUCUAAGGGUCGAUUGAAUGUGUUCUACAGAAAAUCAAGUUUUUCAGAGCUGUCUGCUAAAAAAUUUCUUUAACCUCCUUAAAGCUAAGUUCGAGUACCAGUUGCUUGAGCCACUGCUGCAAGUCCUGUUUUCACGUGAAGGCCAAAUUAUGAAGGUGGACAUUGUGUUUGACAUUCAAUGAAAUUUUGAGUCGUUUGUUGGUAUGCUGUAGUGAUUAAGAGUGAGUUGUACUUAGGCCCCCGGUUUGGGCGCAUUUGAGAAUUACUUUCAGAUGCAUUUAUGUACAAAGUAAAUAAAGACAUCUUUACAUAA